GGAAGAAAUCUGUUCUUGGAAGACAAAAUUGGAGGACACUACUUCAACCAGAUCGAAAAGCGAACUCGAAGGCAGCAGCAGCAAAGAAAGCGCCAUCGUAGCAUAAUGUCAACGCUUCGUCAAGUUAGAAUAUCGCAAUUUGCGCUGAUUCUCCUCUCUGUGUGGAUUCCAAGAAUCGUCGUCGACGGUUUUUCAUCACCCACCACUCAACAUCGAAUAUGCGGAAGGAAAGCUCCAUUGUUUUCUUCUGUGGAAGACAAGCCACAGACUUCUUCGGUUAAUGAAGAUGAAGAAGAUGGUCCAGCAGGAAUCGGCGGAGCCGAAUUUUUUGGAGGAAACAAGCAAAAAGAAGAAUUAUACGACCCUGUAGCCGAACGAGAGGCGGGAAAGGGCAUUGAACUAAAGGCGACGUCAUACAACCGCUUCUCUCUGGGUGUUGGUGCCUUUGACUCGGUUGAGGUCGCUUCCAUGGCCCAAUCUCUGCAAGCACAAAUAAACGAGGUCUUGUACAGCGACAACAAAAAGUUAAACAGGCUUCUAAAAAGGAACCAAAAGGACUCGGAAAGCGACCAGCAGAAGUUGGAUUUUCCUGAUGUUAACUUUGGAAGGUCCUUGUCAUGGGACACACCUAUGACAGUCUCGUCAACAAAUCCAUUCGAAGAAAUCAGGGCUGCCAAGAACUUUUAUCAAAACAUUGAUUUGGCCAUUGUUGGCGGAAGGAGAGUAUCAGAAGGUGUCUCAGAAUUGUCUUGGGAGCUCUCCGUAGUAUGGCCCACAUUCUGGUCACCGCGAGUUGUUCUUUCUGGUUCCUCAACGGUCACAACCGCCUCCGAUAAAGUAACAAUCACGAAGCAAGUAGAUCGCAUUUUCGGAGCGGACAACAAUGCUGCGUUGCUCUCGCUGCUUGGAGGUCAAAUCACUCCACGGUUCUGGGACUGGUACCACAUUGGUAUGACUCCAUCGGCAGAGCAAGUGCCUAGGAAGGUUAUAUCUCAAAAAGGAGGAAUGGCGGUGUACCAAAUUCCUCCUCAAUUGGUGACUGCACCGUCUCUCAUCGAGACGGGGACACGAGACAAUCGCAACGCACAAAUGGUACCCAAUCACUCCUUUACAUGCGUUAUCCGAACCAUGGGUCCAAAAGAUGAUAGGGACAUUUACGUACCAACGACACCGAUUGAAGUCAAGAUCGGAAGGAACGACAGGAGUCAAAACGACAAUGCUGAAGAUGGCAAGGAAUCAGAUGAUAGAUUGCUCCUAUCAUGGUCCAUUCCUCUCUCAACCCAGUUCCAAGCUCUCAACAAAAACCUUCUCUUACCUGCGGAGGAUGACGAGGAUGCCGAAGAGGGUGCCUUUCCUGAGUGUAAUUAUGUUUGGCAACCGCUUCGUCAAGUUGCCACCAUUAAGUACGGAGGCAAUGUCCAAGACGAGGAAAUUUCAGGAAUUCGCAAAAAGCUGUACGAGCAAGUGAUGAAAGAAGGAUUGAAGCCGAAAUUGGAUGAAGCCGGAAAGCCCAAGUUCUUUUUCUGGCAAAACGAUGUGAAAGCAUGCUACAUAGAAGAUGGAUUGGGGAUGGUUGUUUACGACUGGAGACCCGAAUUUGCAAAUUCAAACGAAGUAGGGAUCGAGCUAAUGGUAUAAUAGAUUUACAUUACAGGAUUA